GUGACAAAGCAGAACAACUUUCUGCUAUUUCCUCCACCCCUGUGUCAACGUGUGAGACAGAUGCCAGUAUUUGAAUGCAUUCAAAAUGCUUGGGUGCAAAUGGUGGUGGUUGGGGAUAGUCCUAAUUCCUUAGAAGGGGUUCCAGGUGUUAUCUUUCUGUCUAUCAUCCCAUUCUCUGCUGCUGUCAUGUUUCAUUUCCUCAAGGAGAAGCCACUCUAAAGCUCUCUCUAGGGAGAUAGGCAGUGUUGGGCCGGAGCUCACAACCUUGUUCCAGGCGUGAUGAGUUUUGAAUCCUACAAAACUUCCACAAAUGAUUUACUGUAUGGAAAUACUAUAGUGCAGAGGUGUGGAAGUUAAUUUUCCAAUAUGCUGUUUUAGGUUUCUCCCUCACUGUGAGACCAUUUGGAGGUGGAUUGUCCCUGUGGACUUGCAUAACAUUCUGUUGAUAUUGAUGGUGAAUGGAUGUAAAUCUCCCUCCAGGUCCAGGUGUUAACAUAGAGGGUGAGUAUGACAGCCGUGACUUCCUUUUUCUGGCCACGGAAAGGUGACUGGAAGGCAUCUGAAAGAGCCUUGUUUCCAACACUGAUGUCGCUCACAACCAAAGAGAUCGUGCAGAUUUGGGAUCAGGUGUCUCUUGACGUUCAGCGGCAGUUGGCACUGAGCAAGAGCAUUGAAAUAGUUGGACUGGGGACUUUUGCUGUUCAUACGCAAGAGCUACGCAGAGGAAGGAAUGAUUGCUUGCUCAUUCGCAGACCUGUAUUUCAAAUGUCCAAUAUUAUCAGAAGAAUUUUUGAUCUUAACUAUGCUAAAAGAAUUAUGCCUGGUUCUACACUAGCUGUCCCAUUGGACUAUGCCGCAAUUGCCCUAGAGACAUCUCAUUCCCUGGAUACUGUGGAGAACUGUGUAAAUGAGACUGUGAUGUAUCUCUCUCGCUGUAUCUCAAACGGACUGAAUGUUGACUUUGUUCUCAGGGAUAUGGGUGUUCUUCUUAUCAGGCAAAAGAAAGUCAAAAUGAGGUUUUAUGAAAACUUUCUUCUCAGCCUGGAUGCAGCAGGAAACUUGAAGGAAAUUAUUACCAGUAGGAAGAAAGGGACGAUGAACUGGGUCAUUUCCCAGGGAGAAACUGGAGUUUCUGAUGUCUGUACAGAGCCUGACAUCCUGUUUCCCAGCCUGAAGUUUAAGACCGAACAUGGAAAAUUCCUCCUUGAAUCCCUCCGUGAAAGACCUACCAAAACCUUGCAGGAGAAGAAGACAAAAUAAUGUGUUUAAGGAAAAGAUUAACAGAAAAGGUAAUGUCAGAGCAGAUUCCUGGUAGCGCUCAGUGUGUUCUCCCUGUGAAGUAACGCUGCUUCUCCAAGAGACUCUGUCAGGUCCUGGCAUCUCCCAACCAACCUUUCACAAAAGGGAAACAAUGAAGCAAUGGAAAAAAAAAAAAAAACAA